UUCGCGGCAGACCCCUUCACCCUUACCUGCCCCCCUCCAGGAUCUAAGCGUUACCUUUGGGGAGGAGUUUCAGGGGAGCACUCAGUCCUUUGAUUUAUUGCCCCCCUCCUCCAAGGAAGUGGAGCCCUUUCCCUGGCUCCUCCCUGUGUUCCUUAAGGAAGAACCCCCCGAUUUUGUCCGAGAUGCUGAUGCCUAAGAAGAAUCGGAUUGCCAUCUACGAACUCCUUUUUAAGGAGGGCGUGAUGGUCGCCAAGAAGGAUGUCCACAUGCCCAAACACCCCGAGCUGGCAGACAAGAAUGUGCCCAACCUUCACGUGAUGAAGGCCAUGCAGUCUCUCAAGUCUCGAGGCUACGUGAAGGAGCAGUUUGCUUGGAGACAUUUCUACUGGUACCUCACGAACGAGGGCAUCCAGUAUCUCCGGGAUUACCUGCACCUACCUCCGGAGAUCGUGCCCGCCACCCUGCGCCGCAGCCGCCCGGAGACUGGCAGGCCUCGGCCCAAAGGUCCAGAGGGUGAACGGCCUGCAAGAUUCACAAGAGGAGAGGCAGACAGAGACACAUACAGAAGGAGCGCUGUGCCCCCUGGAGCUGACAAGAAGGCUGAGGCUGGGGCUGGCUCGGCAACUGAAUUCCAGUUUAGAGGCGGCUUUGGUCGUGGACGUGGUCAGCCACCUCAGUGAAGUCGGAGAUAAUGUAUUGAAUAAACUUUAAAGAAAACAUGG